AUGAACAGGCCGUGCUUGGGCCAGCAGUGCUCUGGUCUGCAGACGCGGUACCUUCAGACCGAUGUUGAGGGUGUGCUGACUGACGGGUCGGGGCCCAACAGCAACUACACCGAGAACAAGAACUGCACCUGGGUGCUCGCGGCCAACGACCCGCUGGCGACCAUCGUGGUCGAGUCGAUCGAGUUUGAGACCGAGUGUGGAUGGGACAUUCUAUUUGUGCGCGAUGGCAACGCAACCGAGCUUGCUGCCCAUGCCCCACUUCUCGGCGCAUACUCGGGGACCAAGGCCAUGCCGCUGCUGCAGUCAUCGGGCCCGUAUUUGACUCUCUUCUUUCACUCGGACCAGUUCAUCACCGCUCCGGGCUUCCGCAUCCACUACAAGGCCACCCGCUGCCGCUACGCAUGCAACUUUAACGGGCUAUGCCAGGCCGGGACGUGCCAGUGCGACUCGGGUGCCGGGCCGUACUGUCUCGAGCCCGACACGCCCGCCACCUGCGCCUCGUCGCUCUGCACUUGCUCUGCCGAGCAGGGCGUCGAUCCCGAGGCCUUUCUGCUCCAAUUUGCACUCGCCGGCGACCCGAUCAUUGGCGGCGUCGUCCACGCCUUUUCCAAGCUCGACGCCGGUGCUGUAUGUGACAUGUCGCUGUACGAUGAGCCCGGGGCUCUCCCGCCACGCAACAUCUCGUGCCCGCGCUGCCCGACCCGCGAGGCGUUCUGGACUCUCCAUUUUUGCCCCGGCCUGUUUGACGAAGACAAGCCGCCAGCCACGUUCCAGCUCCUCCUCCCGCUCCUGGUCGCUUUUUUCCUUGUCUUUGUAGUCAUCCUCGUCGCCAUCCUCCUCCGAUCACGGCACCGGUUUGCCGACCCGCGCUUUGUGCUGCGCGAGGGCGAACUGCGGCCCAUGGCCAACAUCCCGGUCUACUAUGUCAUGCUCGCUGAUGACGGCUCCACUCCAUGUGUCCCCUUUCCCACUGUGGUGCCCGAGGCUUGCGACGACAUCAAGGUGCCCAUGUUUGCCUUGGUCGGCCCGCCGGCGCCUGGCGAGCUCGUCGGCCGCAUUUCGCUCGCCCAGCACGUCCAUCAACCCCACGCCCCGCACUAUCCUCCCACCGAAGAAGCCAUCCGCGCCCACGAGCAGCGUAUGCGCGAGGCUGCCCGUCUCGCCGCCGAAGAGGAGCGCCGCCGCGCCCUCGAGGCCUGGGAGUUCCGCCAGCGCCAGGCCGCCGCCCGUCAGGCAAACCGCGCCCGCCAGCACUCCUCCAACGGCCGCUCAUCUGCAAACUCGUCGCGCCGUGCUGGCAGGUCGUCCGGCAGCCGCUCCCGCCGCCCACCCAACCCGGACGUCGUCGACCUCGCCUCUGACGAUAUCGAUCUCUCUCCAGUCGCUGGUCAGACUCGCCAACGCACCGUUUCUAUCGUCACCGCCACAGCAACUUCAGCCUCGUCGUCCAGCUCAUCGACAGCCGCGUCAACGUCAACGUCCACAAGCUCCUCGGGCGUCUCGUCGACCUCCUCGGUCGCCACAGGCACUUCACACCUCGGCCAGUCGGUCACCUCGUCGAUGUCACCACGUCCGCCGCAGAAGAGAAGGAAGUAA